AUGAAUUUAACAAACGAAUUUAAUCAAACUGAUGAAAAUUCUCUUCUAAUUGAUCAUGAAAAAAUAUACAAAAAUAAAAUCGAAGAUAAUUUAUAUGAUGUUAAAGAAAUUAUGAAUCAGUCAAUAAACGAUAAAUAUGAAAGAAAAUUGAAUAUAUCAACAGAUAUACAUGAAACAUUCAAACCUCUGAUGAACAAUGAUAGUUUAGAUCAAAUUCAUAAAACUAUUCUUCAUGCUUCUCAAUGUAAACUUAUUACUGAUAAUGGUGAUGUUAUUCAUUGCUUGAAAAAUAAUUAUGAAGAUUUUCAAUCAUUGAUAAAAUCAGAAUUAAUUAUUGAUCAAUCAAUUGAUUAUUUUUUAAAACAUGAUCAAUUGGAAGAUGAUGGACUUGUUGAACCUAAUACAACACCAGAAGAAUCUCUAACAUUAAAUGAAUAUGAACAUUUUAAUUUUGAUAAUUAUAUUAAUGAUAAUGAAGAAGAAGAACAAAAUAUAACAACGAAAUUUCAUCAUCAUCAUGUUAAAACAAAAUAUAGUUUCAAGAUUGAACAUCCUUUAACACAUGUCGAUAGUCAUAAUGCAAUACUAAUAGAACAAGAAUUAACAGUUAUACCAGAUGAAGAAAAACAAAAUGACAAGUUUCAAUCUUUACUUUUUAAUAAUGAAAUUCAAAAAAUGGAAAAGAUUAAUGAAGAACAGAAUAUAAUUCUAUCUGAAAAAAGUGAUUUGAAAGAUUUAAAUCCAUAUGAACCUUGUCUUGUUCAAUCAUUAAUACAUGAUAAAUCAGAAAAAAAUGAAUUCAAUAUUAUUCCUAUUACCAAAUAUUUUUAUCAAGAUAAUCAAAGUUCUAUUAAUUCUUUAUUCAUAUCUCAUAUUUGUCUUAUCAAUAUUGAACAUUGUAUUACUUCAAAAUGUUUUAUAAUUCCUCAAUUUAUUGAAAAUAAUAUUGAAUCUUUUAAUUAUUUUCAACAAUUCUGGUCACCUUAUGUAUAUUUAACAAAAUUCAUUAAUUCUAAUAGAUCAAAAAAUAUUUUAUCUAUUAAUUGUUCAUUAUUCAUUUUAUUUUCUAAGUUUAUUAUAACUGGAUUAUAUCUAUUCUAUUAUUAUGUUAAAAUUCUUCGAUACGAUAUUUUAUUAUUUAGUUUUUAUUAUUUAUUAGGUUCACUUUUUGGAAUGAAUGCAUAUUUAUUUAUUGAUUUUAUUUUAUUUAUAACUUUUAUUACUUGUAUUUGUAUGAGUAUUUAUAAAAAAUGGUUAUUUUAUUACAUUAGGUUAAACAAAUAUGAUAAUAAUGAUAAUGAAUUAAAUAAUGUUGAAAAUAAAAAUCAAUAUUCGAGACUUAUUAAACUGAUUGCAUUUGGAUUCAUAAUAGGAACUAUAUCAACUUAUUUUAUCUAA